GCGCCACCGAGGGCGGGGUGUCCACUUGGUUGAGUGGGAAGAGCUGGAAGCGGGGAGAGUGUGUGAUCCGAAGGCUCGAAGGGCCCCACCUCCUUGGGGGUGGGUCGUCCCUGUUCCGUAGAUCUGGUUCCCGGUUCUCCUGUCCUCGCCAUCCCGGACCGCACACAGCAGUCAUGGCCCAGCCGCCGCCCGACGUUGAGGAGGAUGAUUGUCUUUCUGAAUACCACCAUCUCUUCUGCCCGGAUCUUCUCCAGGACAAAGUGGCCUUUAUCACAGGCGGUGGUUCUGGGAUUGGCUUCCGGAUUGCUGAGAUUUUCAUGAGGCAUGGCUGCCACACUGUCAUUGCCAGCAGGAGUCUGCCGAGAGUGUCCACGGCUGCUAAGAAGUUGGUUGCUGCCACAGGAAAGCGGUGCCUCCCUCUGUCUAUGGAUGUCCGAGUUCCCCCAGCUGUCAUGGCUGCUGUGGACCAAGCGCUGAAAGAAUUUGGCAAGAUCGACAUCCUAAUUAACUGUGCAGCUGGAAACUUCCUAUGCCCUGCCAGUGCAUUGUCUUUCAACGCCUUUAAGACUGUGGUGGACAUUGACACCAUUGGUACCUUCAAUGUGUCUCGUGUGCUUUACGAGAAGUUCUUCCGGGACCACGGAGGAGUGAUUGUGAACAUUACUGCCACAUUGAGUAUUCGGGGGCAGGUGCUGCAGCUUCAUGCGGGUGCAGCCAAAGCUGCAGUGGAUGCUAUGACAAGACACUUGGCUGUGGAGUGGGGUCCCCAGAAUAUCCGUGUCAACAGCCUGGCUCCUGGUGGCAUCAGUGGCACUGAGGGGAUACGGCGAUUAGGAGGCCCCAUGGCCAGUUUGAAAUUAAAGAAUCUUUCAAGUCCUAUUCCAAGACUCGGAACCAAGACGGAGAUUGCCCAUAGCGUGCUGUACCUGGCCAGCCCUCUGGCUUCCUAUGUCUCGGGGAUCGUGCUGGUGGUUGAUGGUGGCAGCUGGAUGACAUUCCCGAAUGACAUCAAGCGACUGCUAGAGUUCGAAUCCUCCUCUGCUAAGCUGUAGGUCUCCCUUCAGAAGGAGGCAGUGUUCUUCAUGGGGAAUGCGUCCUGCCUCACAUAAUCCUAUAGUCAUACAGGAAAUGUUGAAUCUGAUUUGGAAAUCCGAGCCCACUUGCCCUUCCUCUGGGAUCGAGCUCUUUCCAAGCUCUGCCUCUUCUUUGCCCACAUGCUGAGUAGGAAUAGCCGGAUCAUGAGCCUCGCCUGAUACUUGCUUACAGUAUCUGAGGAGUUCCUAUGAUUUUACCAGAAAAAAAAUGCAUUUUCUUAUAAAAAUCAUCUUUUUUACUAUAAAAAUAGCUAUGAGUUGAAAUGUGUAAAAGUUUCUAGAGAGGAAUUUAAAACAUUGACUGAUUCUAUCACUGAA